GCGCACCGCGAAGGCCAAACGAAGGGCAUGUAUGGAGGACAUCAGGGACGCGAUUAGAGACUGGCUUGGUUCGUGUGAUUCACUUGCUUGAGUUUCAGGGAAACAAAGGAAACUUUCACAACGCGGAACAUUUCAGUGCGUCGUCUAGACAAACUUACACGAGCACUCAUGGGUUUGAUAAAGAUAUUUCUGUCACUUUCUUCCUUGGCUUUCAAGGCGCUAGAAUCUGUUGGAAUUCUGUGGGAUAUUCAUCUCCGGGCAUUAGAAUUGAUUUACGGAAAACACGGUGUUGCUGUUCGCGAGCCGUCGAAUCCUGUUUUGAAAUUAUCGGCGUGUGCUAUUGUGCAGUUUGUAAAACAGCGCAAGCUGACAUGUCAAGAAAUAAUUCAAGCUUUUAUCGACCGGAUCCAUGAAGUCAACCCUUUGCUGAACGCCGUGGUCGGCGAUCGAUUCGUAGAAGCCCUGGAAGAGGCUAGGCACAUUGAUGAAAUCCUCGAUUCGUGCGACGCGGAUUCGAAUGAAGAAAAAGCCAUAUUACUGAAUAAACCUUUGCUUGGUGUUCCCAUAACCGUGAAAGAAUCGCUCGCAUGUAAGGGAUUCGCUCACUCAGCUGGGCUCGUGGAUCGGAAAGACACGAUUGCUUCCAAAGACGCUGGUGUAGUUGAAAAUCUUCGGCGAGCCGGCGCGAUUCCGAUUGCAGUCACGAACUGUAGUGAGUUGUGCAUGUGGUGGGAAACGGCGAACAACGUGUACGGACGAACGAAUAAUCCGCAUGACACGUCCAAGAUAGCCGGUGGAAGUUCUGGAGGCGAAGGAGCAAUAAUCUCGGCUGCUGGCUCGGUUUGUGGUGUUGGGUCUGAUGUAGGUGGAAGCAUUCGUAUGCCAGCUUUUUUCAACGGAAUAUUUGGUCACAAGCCCAGUCCGUGUAUAGUGCCUAAUCAGGGACACUUUCCUCAAGGUACCAGCCAGGCCUUUGACGAGUUCCUUGUCAUGGGACCACUGUGCAGGUAUGCUGACGAUUUGGUUCCAAUGUUGAAGGCUAUGGCAGGCCCGCGAGCGUACGAGCUUCAUUUAGACGAAGAAGUGGACCUAUCAUCUCUCAAAGUUUAUACAUUGGACUUAGAGUACCCUUUUCUUACUUCACCCGUAGACCCCGAGCUGUUGAAUAGCCUGGAACAAGUUUGCACCUUCUUACGGGAGCGUUUUGAUGCGACAGUUCAAGACGCUUACAUGAACUUGUUUCGCUAUUCGCCUCUUAUCUGGUCCGCCAUGGUUCUCUCCGCUGAGAACAAUCGACUGACAACGCAGGCUCUGAGCGGUGAGUCUGAGGCAGUGGCUAUAAACCCGUUUAUCGAGAUUUUUAAGUAUUUUCUUGGCUCCUCUAAGUAUCAUCACGCCACACUGGCAGUCGCAGGGAUUGAAUAUUUACGUGCUCCGUUGCCCAAUUGCCUCCCGGAUGUCUCCUCGAAUUUUGUGCAGAUGGGCAUCCAACUACGAGAGCAAAUUCAAACUCUUCUGAGUGAUGAUGGAAUCUUGCUUUAUCCCUCGCAUCCUAGCACAGCAUUAACACACCACAGGCCAUCUCUGGCGCCGCUCAAUUUCAGCUACACCUCUAUUUUCAACGUUCUACAUCUGCCCGUCACGCAGUGCCCUCUGGGUCUCGACAAGAAUGGACUUCCGCUGGGAAUACAGAUUGUAGCCGGAAAAAACAACGACAGGCUGUCAAUCGCUGUUGCUAGGCAACUAGAAAGUCAGUUUGGUGGGUGGAGUGCCUGGCAUCCCGGUAAAGUGCUUGACAAGAAGAAAGUGUAGCAAGGAAAGUUCAAUGGUGAUUAAGAAACUUUGAUAAUAAUUUUUUUAUGAAUUUCUCCGGAAUUGGGUUAAAAGGUAAUUCUGCGUUAGAUUAGUAGUGUCCCUAGUGAAAAAAUGUUUGUGCCAGUGCCGUAACCAGAACAAACUCUGACUGGGGCAAUGUCCACGGUACAAUUCCCUUCCUAGGUGUUUAGGGUGUUUUUGACAACUAUAAAUAACAAAAACGAAAGAAAAUGAAUGAGACAAGUCCCUCGGUUUUGCCUGUUACUAGCUACAGACACCCAGGUGGACUGGAAGUGCGUUUUAAAAGAAUGACCAUUGUCAUUUCUGCUCGCAAAUCAUCGAGUUCGAAAGUGAACGUAAAAAAAAGGCCUUUUGAAAAGUUCUGCUCCGAUCGAGUGUGUCAUUAGUCUUCUAGUGAGAGUUGUUGGUUCGACCUCAGGCCCAUGUUAAGUUAACUUGAUCACGCUAAACGCGUCUAAACCGGGUGAAAAUCGUUGCAUUCGAGGAGAGGAGAGGUCAAGGAAACGCGUUUUGUAAAGGUUUAGCGCGGUUAAGUGUGCCACAAAGUUUUCAGCGGGAAUAGGUGGGGCGAAAGGUUGACUGCACCCAGUACACAGCACGCUGAAAAGAUAUAAAAGAGUGUAAUUCAGUCUAUAACUUUUUGAUGUAAAUAACAUGAGUGAAACUACGAAAAAAAUAGCUCCCAGGAUUUUUCCCUUAAAAAUGGGGUGGGGGGGGGGGUGGGGGAGGCGCUUUAGUUUCUAAUAAGGUAAAAUCCCUGAGAACGGGGUUGACUACUGAAUAAAGUUAACAAAAAAAA